CCUUGGAAUUUUUGAAAGGGAUCAGGAUCUGCAUAAUACCAGUGAAGUGGAUACAAAACGCACGGCUGGGUUCUUUUGCGUUCUCUGUUGCGUUUUCUUCGCUGGUGUCUGAAUGAAACAGGGAGGCAAAUAUAAGUGGAAAGGGUACGGUGCAGGUUCUGGACUGGGAGUCGAUCUGUCAGUGUGAUUUGGGGUAAACACGUUCCCAGUGCGCCCGUUUUAACUUUUAUUUCUUCAGAAACUGGUGAGCUCGACUCCUCUCUUCUUGCACGGCAGAGUUGUUUUUUCUCGGAACGAGGAGACUUUCGUGUUUUUUCCCCCCUCAGAGAAACUGCUUAAACUUUCUACGUUUAAAAAAAAUAAAUAAAAAGAUCGGAUUGCAUUUUCCCCCUUCAAACAUUUUGGAGGUGAUGUCAUCGUGCUGUGUUUUGGCUGGUAUUGUGUCGAGAGGGCGCAGGGAGGACUACUGCAGCCAGGCGGUAACCAGCGGCUGAGGCGAGCGGGGAAGUCCGGAAAAUCAGGUGCAAAGUGCGGCUGUCAUUUCCUCGCUGUGUCGCGGGUGGCUGAGUCCGCCACCCAGUCACAGCUGUUCCCAUCCUCUCAAGCCACCCCUCCCUCGUCUUUCUUCCCCCUUUAUUAUCCCCUCCCAUUUUCAUUCACCACUCUCCAUAUACCCCUCUGAGCUGGACCGCUCCGGGACCGUAUCACCCUCUCUGCCGGACACUGUUGGUCGGUGUCACCUGAGCCACAGACCCGUUGAGCCAGCGUGGGGGCGCAGUCAUGACCGAGGCAGCCCUGCAUUACCCUGCGCCCGCAGAGCCCCCGUCUCCAGCUCGCCAUUUGCUCCAUCAGCCAGCCCAGGUAGCCCACCUCCAACAGCUCCUGACCCUGCUCUGCUGGAACUAAAUCAGCCUGCUUCUCCUGACAAACACUCCACCACUUUCUUUUACCAUCUCACAAUUCAUUUUAGUGAACAGAAGCUUUCUGUUGCGCUGAAACGUUACGCAUUGGAUUACGCAGAAGAUUACGCACACACCGCAUCUGUCGACAGGGCCGAACAUCACUCUGAGGGUCAACAAGGUCGAUUGGAGUUGGUUAUCUGUGACGCGUGAGCGCGCUUUCACCUGUUCCUCUCGUUUCACGGGGACGCGCAGAAGUCCUAACCUUCCCCCUUUGCUCCCCCGCCCAUCCGUCUCUCCACCGGUCUGGACAGCUGUUAGAGGUUGCCCGGCGGUCACAGUGGCACAGUUACCCCGGCCUCACACCCCACGUUGCCCGCGCCCGCACAUUUCCCCACGCCGGGAGAACCGGGGCACGCCGCCGCCGAUGCCAACGGGAGUGUCCGCUGACUCUUUGACUCUGCACAACAUCCAGCGGAUUCAAAAUACAGAGGGGGACUCUCCGGACUGUCGGACUGGCUAAGACCGAGCAGGGAGACUGUCUCUGGGACACGUUCCAUAGUGGAGGGGGGAAGCAAUGUGGUCCCUUCUUUCCACGCUGACCGUCUUAUGUAUCCAGAUGUUGCUGGUGAUGUGCAAUCCAUUACAGCAGGUACUUGGUGUGGAUGGGGUCAACUUCAGUGUGCAUGUGGAGAACCAGACGCAGGUGCGAGACACCAUGAGUCGGCGACACCACCGAGUCUACCAGCUCUACAGUCGCACUAGCGGCAAACACGUCCAGGUGCUGGGACGCAGAAUCAGCGCUCGAGGAGAAGAUGGAGAUAAAUUUGCCCAGCUUGUAGUGGAGGCCGAUACCUUUGGCAGCCAGGUGAGAAUCCGGGGCAAAGAAACCAAUUUCUACCUGUGCAUGAACCGCCGUGGUAAGCUGGUAGGAAAGAAGGCCAGUAAUCGAAGCGAUGACUGCGUCUUUGUGGAAAAGGUUCUGGAAAACCACUACACAGCUCUGAUGUCAGCGCGCUACACAGGCUGGUAUGUGGGCUUCACUAAAAGAGGCCGUCCUCGCCGCGGCCCGCACACACUCCCCAACCAGCAGGACGUACACUUCAUGAAGCGUUUCCCGCCUGGGGAGCAGCCCGACCUCACCACCCCCUUUCGCUUCACCACCGUCAGCAAGCGGGGAAAGCGUGUGCGUGCUACCGGGCCCCGCUAGUAGUGGCUAAUGCUAGCACCCACUGUCUUGCCAUCCAAAGCCUUGACCUGAGCCUGCCAAUGGCUAACCCAGUCAUCUCCUCUGUCGCACAUGACUGAACACCUCCCUUUGUUGGGACAAAUAUUGACCAGGAACUUGAUGAAUCAUUCAUGGGGUUUAGCUUUACACCUACUAAUUUGCCACUACAGCCCCUAGUUAGGAAUAAUUCCUCUCGAUUUUAGUUCCCUUACUUGACCAACUGGAUCAUAACUGGUCCAUCGCUGGAAGCUCUGUUGACCUGGUCUGCUUCACUUCAUAGGCCAGAAAUACUGAGAGGUAAACUGAAGGGCAGCCAAACUCCCUGGCCUUUAUUCCACAACCACAAAAACCACAAGGCCUUCAUGUCUCCUGUUCUGGACUAGCUGGACAUUGUCAAGAAUGGGAUUACAACUGGACCAUACAGAGAGAGAACAAGGGUGGGAAAGACUGACUGAACAAGAGAGUGGGUGCUUAGCCUACGGAUAAAGGGAAAACAGGAAGGAGAGAGGACAGGAAAACGGCAUAGUGGACAAAGGGACAGAGUGAUCUGCACAGAUCAAAUGGACCAAUGAUGGACUGUUGACAUGUGACGCACUUAUUUGUCUCACUGCUAAAUUGGUGGGAAUCUGUGAGACUGUUGGAUGAAUGACGAAAUGAUUGAGUGAACUACUUACUGAAUAAACGCAUGUUUGUAAGAACAAGAAGACGAGGAAAUGUAUGUAAGAGUGUGUGUGUUUGUGUGUGUGAGUGAGUGCACUAACAACCAAGAGUGAAGCUGGAUCACGAGGGACUCUGGAAAGGGACCAUCCAGUCCCUGCAUGAACCCAUGACAACUCACCGCAGGGACUAAAGCUUUAGGAACUGGAAUGUAUAAAAAAAAAAAUAACAAGCUGCACCAAAAACAGCCAGCCUACCAAACCAGUGACCAACCAAAGACAACUGGAGACCUUCUUCAUGACUCCUCCAGAUGCCCCCACCCCCCCCCACCCCCCAAGGACAAUACACCCUCAGCUUAUAGGUGCAGAGGGUGGUGAAUGCAGGGGCGAGCAUGGCAGGGAGGGUGCCUUGUCUAUUAGCAUUGCUAUAGAAACGACCCAGGGGAUGAUGCUCCCGUGCGAUACCGUGGAUACAGAAUGCUGCUACCAGGACAUUCAGUGAAACAAACCAAAGUCUCAUGCAUACACACAGGAGAAAA